AUGCUCGAUGAGUACGACGACGCCAACAUCCACGCUGGUGCACACCUCUCCUACGAAACCGUGCGUCUCCCCAUCAUCUGGAAAAUCGUCACCACCACACUCGUCGGCAUGUCGAGCAUCAUCAAUGUCGAUUUGCUGGGCGUAGCAACAAACCCAGGCUACUUCUCCAACCUUCUCCCCAGUAACGUGACAACCCCGACCACCAUCAAGCUGCUGAGCUACAACGACACGUUCGCGGCCAAUGUCCUGGGUCCCGAUGCCACGGCGCGCCAGCUGUAUGAUCUGGAUUGGCAGGCGUUCCAUGAAAUGGGGACGUAUAACCGCGAAACCAACUCUGUGUACGUGACUUCGAAUUACCAGAGUCUGGAUAAUCCAAUCAACGUCACCGUCAUUGAUCUCGGCAACAACUAUUCCAUUUCGUCGAAACGGUACAAGGACGUCAACGAGGCAAACGGCGGCACGAAUUGGUUUCCUCCGGGAUUCGAGCAGGGCAAUGGAACGACGGCGCCGCGGCUUUUGUUCUGCGAUGAGGGCGAUUUCAAUGCGUAUUCGCAAUUGACUUCUGUUGAUCCUGUGACGGGCGAGUCGGAAGUCAUACUCAACAACUAUCUAGGCCGCAAUUUCUCGAGCAUCAACGACAUCCGACAGCACCCCGUAACAGGAGAUCUUUGGUUCACAGACGCGCAAUAUGGCUACUUCCAAUACUUCCGGCCUAAGCCUACGAUCCCGAACCAAGUAUACCGCUUCACGCCCUCGACCGGCGAAAUUGCCGUCGUCGCAAGUGGCUUCUCGCAGUCCAACGGUCUGGAAUUCAGCCCUGAUCUCAAGACUCUCUACGUGAGCGAUACGGGCGCGCAGGAAUUCGACCAGAACUUCACCCGCCCUGCAACGAUAUACGCGUUUGAUAUCCAGGAAGAUUCGCGGACGCUGGCGAACCGUCGGACGUUUGCGUACGUGGAUACGGGAUUCCCAGAUGGGAUUCACACCGAUACCGACGGAAACCUCUGGGCAGGUUGCGGCGAUGGACUGCACGUAUGGAGUCCUCAGGGGACGCUAUUAGGCAAGGUCUGGAUUGGCGUUGACUCGAACAACUUUGCCUUCCUUCCGGGUAAGGUGUUGGUGUUUAGCAAUGCACAGCUUUGGAUCGUGGAGGGGAUCAAAGCAGUGGGGAGAGAGAUCUGCAGGGAUUUUGGUGUCUCGUGCUAG